UACAGUUCUGUCCUCCGUAGUCGUUUUUGCUCUCACUCUGUUGAAACGUUGACAUUUUACCUGCUUGCUGACAAAGCUUGUUUUGUUUUUUACACUCUUUAGGUUGGUCUUGCUCAACUGCAGCCAUGAAAUUCUCCCUUGUCACCGCUCUUGUUGUUGUGCUGGCCGUUUCCCACGGCUCUGAGGCCAAGUCACUGCUGAAGCGUGACGUCCAGUCCGAGGUGGACAGGGUGACCAAGCUGAUCAGAGACAUGUCUGCCAGCAUCACUGCUGCAACCCAGGACAUGGUGGAGAAGGUGAAGGUUCUUGAGUUGACCAACACUGCCCAGACUUACAUGGAGGACAACAGGCCCAAGAUCCAGCCUCUGGUGGACAAGGUCCAGGCUGAAGCUGCCAAGCUGCAGGAGCAAGUCAAGCCCUACUUCGCCAACAUUAAGGAUCAGAUGAAGCCUCUGACCGAUAACUUCAACGCCCAGGUCAAGCCUCUGACUGACGACUUCUACACCCAGGUGCAGCCUCUGACCACCAUGAUGGAGAAGUUCUUCCAGCAGGUGAUGGAUCAGACCAAAGCCCUGCUCCCCCCUCAGUAAAGCUUUCCCUUAGUUUGCUCCAGCUCCAUCGGGACAUCCGAGGAGAAAGUUCUCGCUGCAGCAGAGACACAUCCACUCUCUGUGACCCUAACAUUUACACCCAGUCUCUUCUGUGACCAAAUUGGCAUCAAGUGGGCGUGUCUUACCAUGGGUGUGUUUUCCUCCUAAGUGGCUGCAGUUGGACAUAAAGUAUUAGUACCUGAAGGCUACAGCGCCCCUGUGUCACCUCCACUCGUGUUUGUCUCUCACCCUACUUCAUCUUUCAUCUGAGAUGUGAUGAUUUCAUGUCAUUAAAGGGGUUUGAACACA